AUGCCAUUCCGCUUUUGUAUAUACAGGUGUCGAAAGAAGCAACCACCGGACACGCACAAGAGUCCGGAAGAACCAAAGCAAUUGCUACAAAUCAGCAAUGCUUCGGCACCGAUCAGUGUAAGCCCUGCAAGCUCUAUAUCUGAAGACGAUGAUGUGUGGGUGAAAGCCGAAAAACUGCUCAAAAAAGAUGAUGCAACGAAAAAUAUCAUGAAAACUGCCGCCAACAUUCUCCGGGUCAAUGGCUAUCAAUUUGAUGAUAAUGACCCACAAAAGCGCCAAAAGAUUUCUAGUCCUCUUAACGAUCAAUCUCAGGUGCUAGAGAAACAAAUUGCUUCACGAGGGAUUUUAUACAAAAUUCUCCAAAACAUUCAAUCAUUCAAAGAUAUUAUUACUACAGCCGCAUCUGCAAGCUCUCCUGCCGCAAUUGCCUGCGCUGGAUUUAUGGUUGUCUUACAGUUUUGCAUAAAAGCGAGUCAAGAGAAAGAAAUUCUCCUGCAAGGCCUUGAUAAAAUAUGUGGAUUGCUUCCUCGAAUUGUCCAGAUGCAGAAAAUAUAUCUAGAUUCUCAGAUAAAGCUCGCUGAUGGAUUUAUGCCGCAAUUCAUGAAAUACUUAACGGAGCUUUGCAAAAAGGUACUGGAAAUACAUGCCCGGGCAUUAUGCUACCUCUCAAAAGGAACAUUGUCUCAGUGGACUGAAGAUAUCUUGAAUCCGGAUUUGUGGAACAGCUUGACCAAAGACUUGGAAAGCACUGAAAGCGAAGCAACGAAAUUUAUCAACUUCGUUGUUGUGGAGAAGUUGGAAUCUAGAGAAAAAAACAUUCAAGAACAGAUUCAACAGAGCAAUACACUGCAAAUGCACGCUGAAAAGGAAAAAGAUAGGUCGGCUCUCCUGAAUAUACUCUAUACCUGCCCUUAUGGAGACCGCAAAGAUCUAAAUCGCGAGCGCGUACCUGGGACCUGCGAAUGGUUCACUAGCCAAGAUCGUUUCAAAAAGGACUGGGACGAACAAUCCAAGUUCCCUCUUUUGUGGGUGUCGACCAAUCCAGGUUGUGGAAAAUCAGUACUUACGAGGUAUUUGAUUGAUGAAAUUCUGCCUAGCUCGAAUCGAAAGAUCUGCUACUUCUUCUUUAAAGAUGAUCUGCAGGACCAAAACACAGCUACCGGUGCUCUUUCAUGCCUCUUGCAUCAACUUAUUUCGGGUUUGCCUUCUCUACCAGAGUUAGCCGAGAAGAAGUUCAGACUUCUCGGAGAUAAGCUCCCCAGCUCCUUCCAAGACCUAUGGGGUAUUCUUGAGAGCAUCGUGAGCGAUCCAAAGGCAGGUGAAGUGGUCUUUGUUAUCGAUGCUUUAGAUGAAUGCUCCGACGAAGAUGAUCGGAAUCGAUUUAUUAAAGCGAUAUCGGACUACUGUUUAAAACAACAUCGACAAAAAUGGGUCAAAUUCUUGAUAACUAGUCGCACAUACGAGAGAAUUCGCACCGAGUUUUUUGAUCUGGAAAGUGAAUUUCCAGAAUUCCAUCUGAGUGAUGAUGAAGAUUCUCAGGGUAUACCAGAGAAAAUAUCUGAUGAGAUUGGGCUUGUAGUCGGAAGUUUGAUAAAAGAGAUUGGUCAUAAGAAAAAGCUCGAUCCAAGUGAGAUUGAUUUCCUCAUCAAGAAGAUGCACCCGGAAUCCGACCCUAUCAACCGAACUUAUCUCUGGGUUACUCUCACUUUGGACAUCAUCAAGAAAAUGAAGGGCUUCAACAGAGGAGAGGUUGAGGACAGCCUACAAUCUCUGCCCGCUAGUGUGAAUCAAGCGUACGAAAAAAUACUAAGCCAAAAUCAAGACCCUGAAGAAGUCAAAAAAGCCACUUUACUACUGCAUAUCGUUCUUGCUGCGACACGACCUUUAUCUUUAGAGGAACUCUCUGUCUGUUAUGCAUUACGAGGUGUACACCAUUCAGAUGUUGAGGUUUUCAAUUACAAAGACUCAGCUGAGAAUUUCAAAAUAAAAGUGCGGGAGUUAUGUGGUCUAUUGCUGUCGAUCAGUGGCGGAAAGGUCUAUCUACUCCAUCAAACCUUAAAGGAGUUUUUGGUCCCAAAAGAUUCAUUAGACAAUACUCUUGUGGAUCCAAGGGUAUCUACGGCAUCUAAUUGGCAAGCUUCAUUUGCAACAUAUGAGUCUCAUACUGUCCUUGGGAGAAGAUGCACUUGGUUUCUUCUUUCAGAUUUAACAGAUCCAACUCUUCAAGUGUUUAUGAAGUAUGCAUCCAUGAACUGGGAUCAUCAUAUUCGGUUUCUUUAUCCUUGCGAAAAAAAAGAUGAGGACAUCGUGGAAUUAUGUCUCCAGCUCUGUGAUUCUGAUUCGCCAGAGUUUCAUAGAUGGUGUAAACAUCGCGAAUGGCCACUUACUGAGUUUCAGAAUAAAGUGACAUCUUUAUUAAUAGCGUCUUAUCUUGGAAUUGGGGCGUCUGUUCAAAAGCUACUGCUACUUCAUCAUUCUUUAUUACACUUAGAAUAUCAUGAUCCUGAAAAGCUGGGAACUCCUUUAUCAUGGGCAUCAGAGAAAGGCUAUUCAGAAGUGGUGAAGUUGCUCCUUGGAACCGAUGUCAACGUUGAUUCAAAAACUAGAUAUCAACGGACUCCUUUAUCAUGGGCAUCGUAUAACGGCCAUACGAAAGUGGUGAAGCUACUUCUUGGAACCGAUGUCGACGUUAAUUCAAAGGAUAAUUAUCAACAGACUCCACUUUCAUUGGCAUCAAAGAACGGCCAUUCGGAAGUAGUGAAGUUGCUUCUUGGAGCCGAUGCCGACGUUAAUUCAGAGGAUAAAUAUCAACAGACUCCACUUUCAUUGGCAUCAGAGCAUGGCCAUUCGGAAGUGGUGAAGUUGCUUCUUGGAACCGAUGUCAACGUUAAUUCAGGGGAUAGAUAUCAACAGACUCCACUUUCAUGGGCAUCAGAAAACGGCCAUUCAGAAGUGGUGAAGUUACUUCUUAGAACCAAUAUCGACGUUAAUUCAGAGGAUGAAUUUCAACGGACUCCACUUUCAUGGGCAUCAGAGAACGGCCGUUUGAAAGUGGUUGAGUUACUUCUUGGAACCGAUGUCAACGUUAAUUCAGGGGAUAGAUAUCAACAGACUCCACUUUCAUGGGCAUCAAAGAAUGGCCAUUCGGAAGUGGUGAAGUUGCUUCUUGGAACUGAUGUCGACGUUAAUUCAGAGGAUGAAUUUCAACGGACUCCACUUUCAUUGGCAUCAGAGAACGGCCAUUCGAAAGUAGUGAAGUUACUUCUUGGAACCGAUGUCGACGUUAAUUCAAAGGAUGAAUUUCAACGAACUCCGCUUUCAUGGGCAUUAGCGAACAGCCAUUCAGAAGUGGUGAAGUUGCUUCUUGAUUCCGGUGCUACAUCGACCGAUAUCGAGGACGGGAAAUUGGAAGUAUCUUGA